UCUCUCUCACCGAGAUUCACUUCCCACGCUUCCUUCUCUCUAAAACCCUUAAAUCUCUCUUUCUCUCUCUCUCUCUCUCUCUGAUGCACUGAGCCUUUGGGAUUCGAUCGCAAAGGAACAAUGCGAAUUCUUAAGUCGCGCAGCUUCAGAGCCACAGUCUCCGGCUCCAAUCACCCCCUCAAGGUAGGGUUCCGGCGCUUCGUCACCAGCUGCAGAGCCGUGGUGCUGCCGCGCUUCGGCGGGCCGGAGGUUCUGGAGCUCCGGCCCAAUGUCGAAGUCCCUGAUCUCAAGCCCCAUGAGGUCCUCGUCCGCGCUCGUGCCGCCUCCAUCAAUCCCCUCGAUACCAGAAUUCGAUCUGGCUAUGGUCGUUCCUUAUAUGGACCUCUCCUACCUAUUAUUUUGGGUCGUGAUAUUAGUGGUGAAGUUGCAGCUGUGGGAAAUUCAGUUCGAGGAUUGAGUGUGGGACAAGAAGUUUUUGGUGCAUUGCAUCCUACUGCUGUAAGGGGUACAUAUUCUGACUAUGCAAUUUUAUCAGAAGAGGAACUUGCACCAAAACCAGCGUCAGUUACACAUGUGGAAGCAAGUGCCAUUCCUUUUGCUGCUCUGACUGCUUGGCGUGCUCUCAUAAGUACUGCUAGGAUAGCUGACGGUCAAAGGCUGUUAGUUGUGGGUGGUGGAGGAGCUGUAGGUUUGGCUGCAAUUCAGAUUUCAAUAGGCAGAGGUUGCCAUGUUACAACUACCUGCGGAAAGAAAAGUAUAGAUCGAGUAUUGGCAGCUGGUGCUGAGCAGGCUAUUGACUAUACUGCUGAGAACAUUGAAUUCACAAUAAAGGGGAAGUUUGAUGCCGUACUGGAUACCAUUGGUGGGCCAGAGACUGAAAGAAUAUGCAUAAACUUUUUAAAGAGAGGUGGCCACUACAUGACACUUCAGGGUGACGCAGCAUCUUUGAGUGAUAGGUAUGGGAUAGCUAUUGGGCUUCCUGUUGCUACAGCUGUUUUACUGAAGAAACAGAUUCAGUACCGGUAUUCUCACGGAAUAGAGUACUGGUGGACUUAUAUGAGAGCCGACUCAGAAGGGUUAGAUGAGAUCCGAAGGCUGUCUGAAGCGGGAAAGUUGAAUAUACCAGUGGAGAAAACGUUCCCCAUUACUCAAGUGAUAGAGGCUCACGAGGCAAAGGAGAAGAAGCAGAUCCACGGGAAAAUAGUGCUCGAAUUUGACUGAAGAAAGUUACACUAGCCUGUACUGGUUUUGCCCCUACACUUUUGCCAUUUACCACUCUAUUUGCCUUUCUUUCUUGGUUACACUCAUACCAUUUGUUUGGAGCAUCCUAGGCCUUCUCCAUACAAUAAAAGUUGGAAGCUGUACAGGAGUUGCAAGUUUUAGUUGAAAGUUUUUAUAUAUCCAUGUACUUUGAAGUCA